AUGAGCCGAAAUAAAAGUACGAAUGUGACCUACAAAAUCCACAGUGGUGAGAUGUUGGUGGCCAAUUCAUCAGCAGUCAGAGGAAUCGUCCCCCACAACAUCACAGUGGGACCAGAGGUGGAGCAACAGCUGGGCUCUGGCUGCCACCAGCUGACCCUGCAUGCCUCAAACGGGGUCUCGGUCUUGGGCGUGUCCACUGAGCUGCARGUGUGUCUGCUGGAGCCUGUGGAGGGCCUGCUGGGAUCCGUGAUGGCUGAGGGGGGGUGUCCAGACUCAGACCUCUACGUUAGUGUCUCCCUGGACCGGGGAGCCCCGGUGCAGCUUCUCUUCCAGGUGUCUGGAGCCAACGACAGCAUCUCUGAGACCAGAGACAUGCAAAACAGCAGCAUGCAGGUUUACAAUAUCUCAACCACUAUCCAAGGAUUUUUGCAAGUGAAAGUCAGGGCCUGGAAUGUCUUCUCACACAUGGAUGUGGAUGUGGGGAACACAACAGUUGUUUGUCACAACAGUUCAGACCUCAGGCAGAAUGGCUAUGCAAACACAGUGCGGCCAGCCAAGUCCGGUACUCCWGUGCAGGAGCUCCAAUCUGCAGUGGCGGACACAGUGGCUAAUCUAGGGCAGCAGGGGAUGCUCUCUGGAGAGACCCUUGGACAGAUGUUCAAGUCUGUGUCGGACAUACUGAAUAAAGGCUCCAGUGAGGAAAAGAAUAACAGGAUGAAGCUGCGAGAACAGAUGCUGAUGAAUAUAACUGAAGCACUGGAGAACAGCUCCAGCAGCACUCCUCAGAAAGUGCAGCUGACGGCCAGAGCUGUGGCAGGACUCACCAAGAGGGGUGAUGAGCUUAGUCCCAAUGCUCAGCUUGAAGCUAGCUUCCUGGUGGCAAACCUCAGCUCUUCCCUCCUCUCCAUGAACACCAGUGAGCAUGGUGGAGAAGAGGAGAUGGUGCAGGCAGCUACACCAAUUGUAGAGGCAGCCAGCAAUAUCCUGGAUGUUUCCUCAAACGUGAGCACAUAUUUACCUUCACUUAGUCUAAUGACAGUAAUGAAGCAGCCUUACUGAACAGUUUGUCUUUCACAGAGAGAAGUCUCUGAUUUACUUCUCAAGGGCAUGGACAAUGUGCAGAGUGCACUGUUGAAUUGGAAGAAGGUUGAUGAAGCUCCUGUGAUUGUCAACAGCUCUCAGAUCACUGUGUUUGUGAACAGAGUGUCAACAGAAACUAUUCAGAUGCAGUCUAUAAGCAACCCAAUAAGCUCCUCUGCAAGCUUUUCCUUCCCUCCCCUGGGUGCUGAUGUCCUUUCUCCAGAUGAACCAGUGGAUGUGCGAAUGCUGAGUUUGAAGAAGAACCCAUUUUCAUGGAGCGAGGAGAACAACAUUACCGGCACUGUGGGGUCUGUCUCCCUGACCAGAGGAGAUGGUUCUGUCAUCCCCAUAGAGAACCUAUCUGAGGAGAUUGAGAUCUUCUUGCCAAGGCCUGAAGGAGGGCAAGCAAACAGCACAAUACUGUACUUGGGAAACUAUAGCACAUUGAUGGUCGACGUCCCUUCACCUGAUGUAACACUGGUGCUGAAGAUAAAGCCAUCGAAGGACAUAACCUUUCAACUGUUCCUUGGGUAUAAAGACUACCCAAACGAUAAACAAUACAUAGCCAAGACUCAGAUGCCUCACCAGAGCAACACGCCAGAGGAGAAAUACACCUGGGUCCUGGGUCCCAAUGAUUUGACAGGAAAAGUUGGGGUGCAUUACCUUGUUGUGAGGCCCAUUGUGGAAGCAGGGGUUAAAUCCGUCAAUGCCACUGUGACUGUCACCUCCAUUGCUGCUCAGUGCAAAUAUUGGAAUGAAACCUUAUCCACCUGGAGUGAAGAUGGCUGCAGGGUUGGUCCUUUAACCACGCUAUUGGCCACCCAGUGCUUAUGUACGCACUUGACCUUCUUCGGGAACUCUUUCUUCGUCAUGCCCAACCUCGUAGACGUGUCACGUACAGCUGAGCUCUUUGGCACCUUCGCACAAAAUCCUGUGGUGGUGUGCUUUAUUGGUUCCAUCUUUGUUGCUUAUGUAUUGGUGGUCAUAUGGGCACGCAGGAAGGACAUCCAGGACACAGCCAAGGUGAAGGUGACAUUGUUGGAAGAUAAUGACCCCUUGGCUGAAUACCGUUACAUGCUGAAUAUCAGCACUGGGCAUCGGCGUGGUGCUUCCACCUCCUCUCAGGUUACUGUGACUCUGCUGGGCAUGGAGGGAGAGAGUGAGCCACACCACCUCACUGACCCUGACAAGCCUGUGUUUGAGAGGGGUGCAGUGGAUACGUUCCUGUUGACCACGCCCUUCUCUCUGGGGGAGCUGCAGAGCAUCAGGCUGUGGCACGACAACUCAGGGGGGMACCCAGCCUGGUACAUAAACAAAGUUAUGGUGCAAGAUGUAGAGACAGGACAGAAGUGGCACUUCCUGUGUAACUYAUGGCUGGCCAUAGAUAUGAGUGAGUGCACUCUGGAUAAAGUUUUCCCUGUAGCCACGGAGAUGGAUUUGAAGAAAUUCAGUAAUCUGUUCUUCAUGAAAACGGCAAAAGAUUUCCGUGAUGGCCACAUCUGGUUUUCUGUGAUCAGCCGGCCUCCAACGAGCACCUUCACAUGUGUCCAGCGAGUCUCCUGCUGUUUCUCUCUGCUGCUCUGCACCAUGCUGACCAGUAUCAUGUUCUGGGGCAUCCCUACCGACCCCUCUGAGCAGACCAUGGACCUGGGUCAUAUYGAGUUCACAUGGCAGCAGSUGAUGAUUGGAGUUCAGAGUUCAAUCAUAAUGUUUCCAAUUAAUCUCCUCAUUGUGAGUAUCUUCAGAAACACCCGCCCCCGAGAGACGAWGCCUGGAAAGCACAAGGCAGAGGUGUCCAAGCAGGGGAAGACUGGCAGAGUGACUCACUCACAGCCCUCCUCCCCACAGAGGGACAGAGAACUCACACCAGACACAGUCAUCAAGGACAUAAAGAAGAUUGCUCAGUCACUCUCCAAGGCUAUGAAGAGCCCCAUUCCACGCCUGGAGUUAGAGAUGAAGCCUGGACCACAGACUGAUAUCAACACUCUGCUCUCUCUGGUGGAGGACAUCAUCCGGCAGCAGAACCGAGCCGGUGGAGAGUUCUACACUGAUGCCUCCAAGAAAGAGGGAUCGCUCAUUCUCUCACUAGGGGUAACCAAUCUGCAAGAGACCAGCCUGUGUGGGAGCCCUGAGAAGACUGGGGAUGGGAGACAGAAAAGGAGCACCAACAGCCAGUAUCUGUACAGGCAGCUACGCCAUGUAGAGAAGGAGCUGAGCCUACUGGGACCUUCUCGCUUCCCCAACCAAGACAACUACUGCCGGGCAGUGCAGCAGGUCCAGGGCAUGAAGGGACUGAUAGAGUCUUCCAGCCUGGGAGGGGACGAGCUGGAUCAAAGCCCAGGCCAAGCUGAGAGUAGUGAUGGGGACAGGGGCAGUAAAAAGUGCUGUCAAGACGGGCUUCCCUGGUGGUUUGUGUUUAUCGGCUGGAUACUGGUGGUAGCCACCAGCGGAGUAUCAGGAUACUUCACCAUGAUGUAUGGGUUGACCUAUGGGAAGGACCGCUCUAUAAGCUGGCUCAUCUCCAUGGUCGUUUCUUUCUUUCAGAGCCUCCUAAUCAUUCAGCCGCUGAAAGUGCUAGGUUUAGCAGCCUUCUUUGCUCUCGUUCUGAAGAAAGUUGAUCAGGASGAAUAUGGGGAUCCAAAAAUUGAGGGGGCACUCAGAAACCCAGAUGACCCUGGUGUAGUCUGGGCUGUCAGGAGGGAUAGCACAUGCAGCUUCUACCAGCCCCCGCCACCCACAGACAUCGAGAGGAUGAGGAACAACAUGAUCAAGGAGCAGAAGGUUUUCGCCCUCAUCAAAGAGAUUCUCACCUACAUGGGGUUCAUGUGGAUGCUGCUCCUGGUGGCGUAUGGUCAGCGGGACCCUAACGCUUACUUCCUGAUUCAGCACAUUCRGCAGAGCUUCAGCCAAGGGAUCUCAGACAGCAUGAGCCACGGAAAUGUGUUCACCUGGGCAAAUACCUCUCUCCUCAGCAACCUCUUUGGAGAGUACCCAGGUUUUAUCACAGAUGGGAACUCCAAACUGGUUGGUAAUGCCCGUCUUCGCCAGGUGAGGGUGCAGAAGAACUCCUGCCGCAUCGCCCGCUCCAUGCGCCAGGCUGUACCUGACUGUCAUGCUCCAUACUCAUGGGAGGUGGAGGACAUGGGCUCCUAUGGGCCAGGCUGGAACCGCUCUGCGAGUGAAAACACCUCAAAGACCCUCCGCAGCCCCUGGCAGUACCAAACCCAGGCCCUACUCAGAGCCCAACCCAUCUGGGGCAGUGUGGUUCUCUACAGGGGAGGGGGGUUUGUGGUGGACCUGGGCCCUGACUCACAGAACGCUAGCAGUACCCUUCAAUAUCUGUUUGACAACACCUGGCUUGAUUUGUUCACCCGAGCAGUCUUUGUAGAGUUCACAGUGUACAAUGCCAAUGUCAACCUCUUCUGCAUUGUCACACUCAUGCUGGAGACCACAGCUGUAGGAGCGUUCCAGUUUCGCAGUGAGCUGCAGAGUGUCCGACUAUACCAGUCCACCGGUGGACUCCACAUCUUUGUUAUGGCCUCUGAGGUCAUCUAUUUCCUCUUUAUCUUCUACUACAUGUAUGUUCAGGGAAAGCUGAUGAAGCAGCAGAAGUGGGCUUACUUCAAAACAAAGUGGAACCUGCUGGAGCUCGCCAUCAUCCUCCUGAGCUGGAGCGCACUGUCUGUCUUCAUUAAGAGGAGCCUGUUAGGGAACCGGGACAUGGAGUACUACCACAACCAUAAAGACCAGUUUGCCAGUUUCCAUGAGACAGCCACAGCAGAUGCAGUGCUGGGGUAUCUGAUCGCAUUCCUGGUGCUACUGGCUACAGUCAAACUGUGGCAYCUGAUGAGGYUCAACCCCAAGCUACACAUGAUCACAGCCACACUGCAACGUGCCUGGACUGACAUAUCAGGCUUCCUUGUGGUCAUCACCAUUAUGUUCCUGGCCUAUUCUAUUGUUUCUAAUCUGAUGUAUGGCUGGAAGCUGUACUCAUAUAGGACUCUCCUGGAUUCUGCUCUGACCAUGGUCAGCUUGCAACUGGGCAUCUUCAACUAUGACGAGGUUCUUGAUUACAACCCGGUGCUUGGUGCGUUCCUCAUCGGCUCCUGCAUUAUAUUCAUGACCUUUGUGGUUCUGAACCUGUUCAUCUCAGUCAUCCUGGUGGCGUUCACUCAAGAGCAAAUGCAUCACAAGCCCUCAGAGGAGGAGGAGAUAGUGGAUCUGAUGCUGAUGAAGCUCUGCAGCUUGUUUGGGAUCAAAUAUAAGAAAGAAGAUAAAGAAGAAAGUAACAGUCCCAAGGUGAAUGCCAACAAUGCCUCUGUUACUAAGAAAGAACCCUCCACUAUAUCCUCAUAGAUGCUUACUUCUCAGUAAAGAUCUGCCACUCUGUAUGAAUUGAUAUUGGAACUGCUUUCAUUUAUGUUGCUCAAGAGGAGUAUUAAAACAUGUUAUAUCAAGACUUUUGCACCACUUGUAUGGUUGCUUGUAGCUGUUUAAUCAAAUCUAGCAAUGUUCUAACAAUAUGUACAGGAAAUAAUAAUUCCUCUGUCUAACAAUUCUGCUUUUUCAAUAUAUUUAGUUCCAAAAUAAAUAAACAAUAUAAAGGGUGUUGAACCAUAGCAAACUGUAUUCUUUCAUCAUUAUAAUGGGUUGCAUUAAGAUCAGAUAAAAGGCCUGAGAUGACUGUUGUG